AUGGACUCUGCAGACGGCAAUCCCAAUGCACAGGACGUCCCAGACGUCCAACACGCGCCCCUCGGGUGCUUAACGGAUUCCUGCCUCCUAUUCGCGGAAGUCAAGACAUUGACGGUGAAGUGCUAUCAGCCAGCCUUCUGGCUGAACGUGCAAGCGGUCCAGCUGAGACAGCUGGCCAUCUACUGCAACCGGAUCGGGAGGUAUGUUCUCUGGAGUUCUGAGAGCAGUCCAGACACUGCCCACUGCAGUGCAGAACUUGAUGGCUAUGUCUACGGCUGGAAGAUGGGUUCCUACAACCCCGUUGUUGGAUGCUGCUACUUUGAUGAGAAUGCGGCAACUUCAGGAAAGCGCUCCGUUGCUUUACCCGGAGGCGUCGCCACUGCCACCGGCUCCGAGACCGGAGUCCACUUCAUCGAGUGCAAGAACUGUGGGAGUAAGGCUCAUAAGGGGCCAGACUGCACUGCUGGGACGAAGCAAGGUGCACCACCGCCACCACCGGCGGAUGUGAAUCAGCAACAUAUCAAGAGUAUGUUGGCGGACGCAGCGAUGCAGUUCCCAUUGCAGGUGCCCCGAUCCCGCAAGCCGAUCCCGUACAAGGGUGUGUCGGGAAAUACGUGUCCUUAUGUGCAAGAGGACCAAGCAUUACGCCUCAUAUCCGAACUAGAAGAUCACAGACUUGAGUCCUUCAAGCAGCGGGUGCAGACAUUGGAGAGUCAGUUGGAGGUGUAUGAUCAACGGCCUGAUCCCACUCGGUCGUUGCAGCAUUUUGCUGCGACAGGGGACCGUAAGGAUCUGCUGUGUGCCUUGAUGACCCAACCCUACUUCAAGGAUGUGCCUGAGGACCUCGUUGCAACCCUCGCCGAAGGGAUUCCAGACUCGAGCCUUGAUUCAGGUAAGUCAAUCCUGAAAACCCUUCCCCUCAAGCGCGCUGCACGGCGUGGCCUGCUCAGCUCGGAUCGCUGGGUAGUUCACUUGUGCUCGGGACCUGAGACCUCUGGGGAUCCUAUCGCUAGUUGGUGUGACAAGAGUGGUAUGGCUUUCUUGAGGGUGGACCUAAGACAACGGGGUGGAAAGGGCUGGGACUUGCUUUGCACGGAUGGGGUGUGGAAGGUUCUUCUGUGGGCCGCUGCUCAUGGGAAGGUAUCUGUGCUGCUUUCUUCCCCACCUACGGUGAGGAAUGGAAAGAUCAGCCGGCUGCACCUGCAGGACAUGUUUCUCUGGUCUUUGGCAUCGGUAUCCCGAGGCCGAGGCAUCCCAUAUGUUGCGGAGGCGGUUGGGAUUCAAGAGGAGGUUUGUGAGAGCUUCCGACGCUGGUCUGGAAUGAAUCGGUUCCUUAUUAGCCAAGGGGCUUUGGGUGAUGAUUACGCACGCCCUACUGUGCUCACAACCAAUUUGGAUUUCAGCCACGUUGCGAGUCUCCCGUGUGCUGGAAGUUCGGUCCCGCCUCCCAAUGGUAGGAUCUGGAGUAAGGCACUUCGAGAAGAGUUGGUGAAGACCCUUUUGGGGACCCCUUCAGGCCCUGAUUGUGAGACCUUGGAUAGAGUGAUUGCGAAGGGGUUAGCAGAGCGCGGCCCAAGUGUAAUCAACAAUUCCGAUGGUUCAAUGAUGGUGUGCCCCUCGGCCUUGGCAGCUUCGGAGGCUGAGGCGCUUGCGCGUGCUUUUGAGGCUGAAAGCAUCAUUGAUUCAGACUCCGAAGGGGAACCUGAUGAAGCGGUGACGCUGGAUGAGCUAGGUGAUGGCACUUCCGGUGAAGGUGUUAAGCCUGAGUGUGUAAAGGGAGUUCAGGGUGGUGACUGUCCACCUGGGAAUGCGUCUCAGGAGGCAGGCAGGGACGAAGGUUGCAUCACAGGGAAAACAAUCCUGCGCUACGGACUUGUCGGUGCCUUUAGGGUACCCCGGUCUUUGAUCGAGGACUCAGAUAAGCCUCAUAAGCCGGAUGGAGUGAAGGACUUGUUCAGCAGCGAUAAUCCCGAAUUGCCCGAUGGCGAGAAUGAGCUGGCGGAAUAUGAGCCUUCAGAUCCGGGAGGGGAGCUGUUUCCAGAGCUGUUUGGUCCAGGCGUAGAGGCGAGUCAGCAGCAGGAGGAUUCAGAUCCAUUGCCCAAGGUGAGUGCAGCUUCGGCAGAGGAUGCUAAGUCCUCUGUUUGGGAUCCCGUUGACCUCCCUGAAGACAAGGAGGAAAUGGAACGCUUGAUCGAAGAGUUGAGUGCAAGAUACGCAGCGCCGCAUCGAUCCAUCCCAGAGGGACAUGUCUUGAUAACUGAGGCAGGCAACUUGGAGGAGGAAGCGCUGGAGGGAGAACCAACCGGUGAGGUGAUUGAUGAGUCCGGAGUUCCCGUAAGGUUCAUCAACCAGGCCUUGUUAUCACGGCAACACUCCCAUGACGUACAUCCUGACCCGUCGCCUGGAGUUUCUGCUGUAUCCUCAGCCACCUUGUCGUCUCCCGGUUUCGGACACCCAAACCGGGAUCUCCCAUCAUGGUCCGCAGUGAUGCUGAUGCGAGCUGGGGACGUAGGUGUACAUCGCGAUUGGCGGAAUGAGUGGAACACAGUUAAUGUUGCCAUGCAUGUUCCGGGUGAGGUCCAAUUAUGGGUUGAGCCGAGUGGGGACUCUCUGCCAAGGAGCGCCAACCCUCCCACUCCCACGUGGGAUCCAAGCGACACUCACACAUUGACCGAGGUUCCAUUCACCUUCGACCCGCGCCAGCAUCAUGCAGUCCGUAUGCAACCGAAUUGGCUGUUAGUCGGUUAUACUCCUUUGGGAACGCAGAAGUUAAACCCGAGGGAUGUCGCAUUUCUAGAAUCCUGUGAUUUUCCAUUGGCCUUCAGUGCAACUCAAGCACCACCUUCGCCCCAUAAGGACGUCAGGUAUCAAGUGAGAGCUCUGUCCUCGACCUCGGAGGAUACGUCCGAGUCCAGUAUCAGUUCCGAGGAGCUCCGGCAUCAGAUUGCAGUUGCAACGGUGCCCAAUGAUCAGCAGCUCCCUCCGGGUCAACUAGAGCCACUUGAAGCCGAUUUGCAACCAGAUGCAAGCACAGCGUUGGUGGGUUGGGAUUUUAGCACAGGGGAUCCAGGUGAUGUGCCGAUUCCAGGUUUGGUAAAUGUAGCACUGGCCGACUAUCUGCGGGUGCGUGGAGUCAGUGAUGCCUAUGGCCGUUUGUCAGCCCUUGGAGUAGAGUCUCCCAAUGAUCUGCAAUUCCUGCCUGAGGCUGAGGAGGAGGAGCUAGCAGCUCCAGAUCCCUUUGCGUUCCCUGAGAUGCCCGGUGUAGACCCAACGGACUAUCAAUACAUGAUGUACAUGCAGGCAUUGUGGGGGGAUGAAGAUUGGGUUCCAGGACCAGCCUCGUCGUCUUACGAGUUAGAUGAGCCCGCUGAACAGCUACAGUCUAGUGCCAUGGAGUUGAGCGUAGAGCUUCCGCAGGAACUACUCCAAAACCUCAGCGGACCGUUGGAGGUCGUGCAUACUGUUGCACCUUCAGAAGUGCGUCGUCAUUUAUCGAAGUGGCGAUCGGCAGCCCAAGCUGAGCUUGAGUCGUUUGAAAAGUUGGGCGUGAUUGAGAAGCGCUACGGUCCCGAAGCCAGGAGUGUCAUCCGUGAUUCGUCAAUCGAGGUCAUACCCGCCAAGGCAGUUUGUACCAUCAAACCUGGAGAGCCAUUUAAACGAAAAUUCCGUAUUGUGUCGUGUGGAAACUUCGCUUCGGCCACAGAUGAAGGGCAACUCUAUGCGGGUGGUGCUGGGGCGGAGAGCCUUCGCACACUCUUAGCACAUUCAAGUCGCCGCGGGAGGCGCUGCUUUGGACUUGAUGUGAAAUCUGCGUUCCUCCUCGCACCUAUUCCGGCGAAUGUGACAAGGCGAUAUGCGAUGCGCCCUCCACGGAUGCUGAUAGAGCUAGGCUUGUGCGCGGAGGACGAGCUUUGGAUAAUCCAUAGAGCAUUGUACGGAUUUCGUGAAAGUCCGAAGUGGUGGUCGAUCCACCGGGAUGAGUUCCUUAAGUCCGCCGUGUGGACUAGCCCUUAUGGCAUGGUCCGUUUGCAGCAGCUCGUCAGUGAGGGCAAUAUCUGGAGCAUGAGGCUUAGUGAUGGCUCUUGUGUGGGACACCUCCUGGUGUACGUUGACGACAUGCUACUGUUGACGGACUCCUGCGUUGCGGAAUCGUUUAUCACAUGGCUGCGACAGUCCUGGGAGUGCACUGGGCUGAAGGAAGCUACCUCUUCCGAGCCUCUUCGCUUUCUGGGUGUAGACAUAUAUGCCGAAGUUGAUAGUGAGGGAGAAGUGAUUGGUUAUAGCUUGGCACAAGAGGCUUAUAUUGAUGAGUUGUUGCGAAGCCACCAGGUGAAGCCGAGUUCGAGGGCUACAGCUCCUGUUCCACGUGAGUGGGUCAGGGAGGCCCCGGCGUGCGAGGACUUCUCUGAGGAGGAGUUGAGAGCUGGGCAACGAAUUACUGGUGAACUCCUGUGGCUCGCGCAGCGUACCCGUUUAGAUAUAGGCUACUGUGUUGCUUUGAUGUCGAGCUGGGUGUCUAGGUUUCCUCGGCAGGUAUCCAAGAUUGGAGCCCGCACUCUGGAAUAUCUUGCGAACACCAAAGAGCAUCGCCUAUUGCUUAUCCCGGGAAAGGCUGAUGGCAUUAGGAUCUAUACGGACGCCUCCUUCGCUCCGUUUGGAGCGCACUCUAUCAGCGGAAUAUUGUUGCAGUACGACGAGUGCACUGUAGCAUGGAAAUCAAAACGCCAGAGCCUGGUGACGUUGAGCACAGCAGAAUCAGAGCUGUGUGCAGGGUGUGAGGGCGUAACCCUUGCACAAUCCCUGGAAGCUUUGAUCAGUGAGCUCGAUGGAUCAACAGGACCCAAGAAGCUGUUGGUCGACAACACAGCUGCGGUGACGAUCGCAGAGGGUGGUGGCAGUGUUCGAACGAGGCACUUGCGGGUGAGGGCUGCGUUCCUUCAUGACAUGAGGGAGCGGCAAGAACUAGUCGUAACCCACUGCCCGGGCGAUGUGCAGCUGGCUGAUUGCUUGACCAAGGCUUUACUUAGGUUGCAACAGUCGCUGUAG